AAGUCGUCGAUAAGUAUUCGUUGACAGCGUCGAAGGCAGAAAAGUUACAAUAACAAUUAUUUAUAAUCGAAAGAGAUAAAACGCCAUGAAAGAAAUGCGUGAAGCAGAGUCAAUACUUUUGUCGAAAAGUGUACGCAUCCGAAUAAGAAUAAAAUAAAUUUCAUUAAUGUGCCGUUGUGUAGUAACCUUAUUUUCGCACUUUUUUGGCAUUCCCGUGCCUCUAGGCCUUUGGCGUCGAUAUAAACCUCGACGUAAAUCGAAUAAAUGUCGUAUCAAGAAAUUCUUCCCGUAUUCAUUGUACAAUAGUAAUUUAUAUUUCUUUGAAAAUCCAGACAACUCAUUAUCACCGACAACAAAUGCAUGGGAUCAUAUGAAAGAUAUGGAAUCAAGCUACGACGAGGAUCUGAACGUGAAUAUAUUUUUUCAACAAUUGCAGCGUGAUUACGGGAGCGUUUUUGAAAAGGCGGUAAACGAGGGUUGGGUGAUAUGCGUUCCCCGUUCAGGCAGCUUUUCCCGAGGCUCUCUCCUGGCCGACGACUUCCUCGGUCACAUUUUGGUACCCAGCGAGGAGCUGCCCGCUACUCACUUCCGAACAUUAACUGGAAAGGAAGUGAGGCUAUGCAACAGGGUCCUGACUGCAGAUUACGAUAUCGCAAAGCCAUGCACAGCGCAUAUAUUAUUCGAGGAAACCUUCUAUACCGAAGAUUCACAGAAGUAUCGAAUAUGGUGCGUUGAGCGAAUUCUGGAGCGAGGUUCUGUCGCUUCGUACGAAUCGCUGCCCACCCUGACCAAUCUCAGAGAGUGCGUAGAUUUUCUCUGGACAGAGAUAUUGAACAAGCAGGUACUCGAAGAGCUUGAUAACGUGGUGAAAGAAUUUCAACAAACUGACGAGGAGCAUCUGGAAGACAAACCGUUGCAAACUCAGCGUGAUCUUGUUGCUGGUUUGUAUGCCAAAAGUCUUGGCAUCGUUCUUAGGGACUCGAGACUAAGGGAAAAAACAACUGCCAGUAGGCAUUUUCUUAACGCUAUAAAAGUUGCGGUGGAAACGUAUGUUCUCUACGGCUUGAAGAACCUUUUACCAAAAUCCGUGUCGGCUUGUACCGCUUUCGAUGACGCGUGUCUUAAUAAAACGAUUAAAAACCUGCACGAAUUGCAACUACGGGACCUGGGCGUCAGAUCUGAUCUUUACGGUGGCGCAGUUAGGGGUAAAUUGGAGCUGGCCAGGCUCGAUGGUUUUGCAACAGUUUUGGGAAAAAUAGGCUGCCUUAAACGCGCCGUUCACUUUGCAUCGCAAGGUGAGAGUUCAGUUUCAUCAGAUGAUUUGCUUCCAGUUCUUAUAUUCUUGGUGAUAAGAGCGGGUCUGCCUAAUUGGAUAGCUCAGCUAACUUUUAUAAAACAGUUUAGGUUUUCAUCGACCUCAGAAUAUGAAACUGACGAAGCUGGUUUUUUGGUUACUUCUCUUGAGGCAGCCGUUGAGCAUAUCAGAUCUGGGGUGCUGACAGGAUCUGUUCACCCUGAAGCAGAUGGUACAUAUGAAUAUGUAUCUGGUGAAGACGAGCUGGAAGCAAACAAAGUGGAUGAAAUAUCAAUCAGUCAUUUUUUUGACCAAGUAAAACACGGCAAUACGUUGGAAGUUGAAACGAUACUGUGUAAGAAAACUAUGGCUAAAAUUAGACCACCAAAUGUCAAGCUAUGCCAUCCUUUAUGCUGCUGUGAAUCGUGCGAAAAAAGUUUGGCCAGGGACGCACGGUUCAGUUUACCUACCGUUAAUUCCAGGGAUGAUAGAGGACUAACGGCCCUGCAUAUCGCCGCUUUGUAUGGUCAGGCAAACAUGGUGGACUUACUUAUAAGUCACGGAAGUAAUGUUGAUGAGGUCGAUGCGGAUGGCACUACUGCUUUGCACUGUUCAGCAGCCAGAGGACACCAGAAUACUUUGCUGUUAUUACUCCAUGCUGAUGCCGACCCGAGAAUCACAGAUGCCCACGGGAACACUGUCCUUCAUUUAGCAGCUGACAAUGGUCACGAAGCCUGUGUCAAGGCUUUGUUAUACUUUUCGGAGCACACUAAGUGGCCGAUAGACCCAAAUUCAUCGAACAGUAAUGGAGACACGCCACUGCAUUACUCAUCAAAAUGGGGCUACACCGGAAUAGUGGAAAUCCUUCUGGAACACGGAGCGCAACCCAGAGCUGUUAAUAGAAGAGGCCAAACUCCAUUGGCACUAGCACACAGUACGGGCAUCUCCAAGUUAUUGGAAACUGCGGCGCACAGAGAGUUCUUUCCGAUGCCUCGCCUGGUGCCAAUCCAAUCUUCACCGACAAUGACCCAGAUGGUCAAAACUGAGAAGCAGUUCGAGCCACCUUACUCCACAGAGAGGCUUCGCAGAAUUGAAAGACUCUUGUCUGCAAUUUCGGUAGGUGAUCUUAGACUGGCGUACUACUAUCUCGGCUUAGAGGGACCUGAUCAGAAGCUUGUACAAACUGCAGCACCUGUAAUGUGCCACCCACUUUGUAAUUGCGAACAGUGUAGUUUGAUAGAAGAAGUUCCCGAGGAACAUCAGCGAAAGCCUGCCUUAGGAAUAAAUAGUCGCGGUGGUGAUGGCCAGACUGCUUUGCACGUUGCCAGCGCAACUGGUCGUGCAGAGUUUGUUCAAUUACUAUUAGAUGCAGGUGCAAAGCUUGGCUUCAAAACGAAGUCCGGAGGGCAGACCCCGAUGCAUUUGGCAUGUUUAAAUGGUCAACUUGCUGUAACCAAAAUACUUUUAAAUAGCGGAGAAUGCGAUGUUAAUGUUAAGGAUAAUUUUGGAGAUACUCCGCUUCAUUUAGCUUCCAGGACAGGCAAUGCAAAACUUGUCGAAUUGUUAGUUAGACAUGGAGCUAAUCCUAAGAUUCGUAAUUUGAAAGCCAUCACUGCGCUAGAAGAGGCUGAAGAAAAAGUUAUGGUCAGCAUAGCUAGAAUACUCAAUGAACAAGCUACUGUUACUACUUAAUCACUUGUCACAGCGUUUAUAAUAAUUACGUACUAAAUUCCUAGACUAUGCAUGUUGCCUAUAAAUGAACAGUACCAAUGUUUAUAUUAAUGCUUAAAAUUAGCAAAAUAAGUCACUAAAUAGACAUGGUCUCUGAGAGAACAAUAAUCGUUAUUAAGAUUUGUAUUAUUAUCAGUGUUUAACAUUUGUGAAUACAAUUCACUGAAGAAAAUGUUCCCACAGAUGAACUGGGAAAUUCCUUUUUUUUACAGUUAUUAGCCAUGAAUAUAUGUAAUGGAUGCAUACAUACCAAAAGUUCGUUAAAAAUUACAGAUUACAUA